CGAAGCGAACCGUCGUCAGAAGGGUAGCAAGCGCUUUUCUCCCCCGAGUCCACACGGGGAGGGCGGAGAGGAUUGUGGUAGUGACGUCAGUGCGGCAGCAUCAGCAUCACUAAAAACCUCGCCAAAAACAUCACUACACAUCGACCAGUGCCGCACGUCGGGCCAAAAAGCGAGGAACCAACCAACCAACGGCCGCCGCACCAGCCCGCCACGUCUCUUGGGGCCGCUUGCGUGCGUCUCCUCUACGGCUACAUGAGGAGCUAAAGGCGCCCGAACAAGCGCGGACUCUUGUUUUGUUUUUUUGGGGGGCUGUAGGGUGGACUUGUCCAUAAAACAACGGAGCCAUGGACGAUGUUAAAAAGCAAAGUGCUCUUCUUCACGUCGCCUUUCUAUUGAUCUGCAGCCACUGCCACGCUUUUCUGGAUGGUUUUCUAGAGGACAACCCGUCAGAUCAGCUUCUCCCUCGACACUCCGACUCACAAGAAGACAGUCAAUUUUUCUCCUGUGAUUUCGAGUCACCCUGUCUCUGGACUUUAUCAAAUCACAGUCAGCAAAGUGACUGGUCGGCGGUGUCUGCACGGCAAACCGAGCAAGCAGGUUGGAUGCCAGAGGCAGACUACUCAGAGGGGAGCUCUGAUGGUCACUUCCUUCUCCUAAGCCCCUCCCCUGGUGCCGAGGCUUCUCAGAGAUGCGAGUACCAUUUAACCAGUCCGAUUAUGCCGAAAAGUGCGCACCAAUGUGUUUUGCAUCUGGCCCUCUAUGAGACAUCGCCAUCGGCAGGAAACCUCACAGUCCUGAUCAAGCCACUUUACUCCAGUUCAUUCACGAACAUCAUCGUGUUCAAGCCUGAGAGAAGAGAGGACCCCAGGACGGAGUGGGAAGCUGUAGAGACUGGAAUAGGCCCAGUGGAUGAGCCCUUUCAGGUGACUCUGAGCUACACUGGAUGUUUGCAGAGUGGAUCCACUGUGGCGCUCGACUCACUGUACUUCGUAGACUGUCAGUCAGACGAAGACAAUGAGGUCAUCCCACCGGAUAUGGACUGUGGUGAUAAUUUCUACUGUGAACACUCUGAGUAUUGCAUCGAGCGAAACCAUGUGUGCGAUUUCCACACGGACUGCCCUUUAGGAGAGGACGAGGGCUUCAUCUGCGGUUCAAUGCCAUUUGGCACACACUGCUCAUUUGAGCAGGAUGCUUGCGGUUGGUCCGUGUCCAAGCAGCAAUCGGCUUGGAGGAGGGUGGCCGGUGAGGAGCUGCUGCAGAGAGAAGACAUGCACAGCCUCACCCUGAGCAGUACGCCCGGACACUUUUUGUUUCUGGAGAUCAGAGAGACACAUACGCUGCAGAAGGCAUCUGUCGAGAGCCCCUUUUUCCCUCCUCCUGUCGCUAAUAGAACUUGCCAGAUGCGUUUUUCUUUUUAUCUCUUUGGCUCCUUCAAUGGCUCCUUGGCGGUGGCUAUAGAGGAGAAUGGGACGUCCACAGCACCGCUGAUCUGGAAGGGACGUAGUCAGUGGAAGGAUGACUGGGAGGAUGUUGUCCUGCAACUGACAGACCUUCAUCAUGGGUUCCGUGUUAAGGUGACAGCUGUUUGGCUCCAAGGCUCCCGUGCUGAUGUCGCCUUGGAUGACAUUGCUCUCGGGGCAACCUGCUUUGACACAGAUCUCAACUCUAUCCAGCCGAUGGCCGACCUGAGGGAUUUCUUUAGUCCCGUUACAGAGCCUUCAUUUUCAGAAGUGUCUCUGAGGACGUGGUUUUUUAACUCGUGCGGUGCCAGCGGUCCAUACGGGCCGACCCAGGCCCAGUGUGACAGCACCUACAGGAACAAAAAUGUCAACGUAACUGUGGGGAAGGAAGGAGCCUUAAAGGGAGUGCAAAUGUGGAGGGUCCCUGCCACCAGCAGAUACCUGAUCUCGGCUUACGGCGCCGCAGGAGGGAAUGGAGCCAAAAACCACAACCAGCGCAACCAUGGAAUCUUCAUAUCGGCUGUGUUCCCUCUUGAGAAAGGGGAAUUAAUUUACAUCUUAGUGGGCCAUCAGGGAGAGGAUGCGUGCCCGGGGAGAAAUGCCCAAACCCAGAAGAUCUGCCUAGGGGAGUCAUCUGUGAUUGACAACAGGGGGGAGGCUAGCACAGAGUGGUAUGGAGGUGGAGGCGGAGGAGGGGGAGCUACCUACAUCUUUAAGAUGGAGGGCGAUGAGAUGGUUCCUCUGCUGAUUGCGGCCGGCGCAGGAGGGAAUGCCUACAUGGAAGACCCAGAGUCCAGUCUGGAUCAGAAACCACUCGAGCAGUUUGAGAACAGCACCACAACGCCCAGCACCAAUGGCCAAAGUGGCGCUGCAGGUGGUGGUGGAGGCUGGAAAGACUCCCCCACUGCUCACCCCGUAGCCGGCAGGUCGCUCUCAGAGGGUGCUGGCGGGGGUGCAGCGUGCCUUUUGUCCCAGUCCAAACUGGAUUGGUCCACCUACGGGGGAUUCGGAGGGGGAGGUGGCGCCUGCACGGCCGGAGGAGGGGGAGGUGGCUACAGAGGCGGCGACGCUGCUCUGAAGGAUGACAUCAAAGCAGAUGGCCGUGAUGGGAUCUCCUUCAUUAAUCCAAUUGGGGAGAUUUACCUGCAGCCUCUAGCAGCCAUGGAGAGUCACGGCGAGUGUGAAAUCAAAGUGCAACUGAACUGCAGCCACUGUCAGUCGCAGAGCUGCAAGCGGGAUAAAGACACACACCUCCUCCUCUGCCUGUGCCACGGCGACGAGGUUUUGGCCAGUGAUAAUGUCACCUGCGUUGAUACAGCAGCUCCUCCAGUCCCGCCUCCUCCGGGCCAGAUGUCGGCCGCACUGAUCCUGGCUGUGGUCACCUCCACCGUCGUCAGCGGCGUGGCGUUGAUCUGCCUCGGCGUCAUCCUCAUGUGGCAUCGCUGGAAAAACGAUCUGCAAGCAGUGAGGGGCCACCUGCAGAGCCCCGAGUACAAAUUGAGUAAGAUCCGCACCUCCACCAUCAUGACGGACUACAACCCCAACUACUGCUUUGCCGGGAAGGCCUCGGCGCUCAGUGAGCUGAAGGAAGUACCGCGCAAAAACAUCACGCUGCUCAGAGCUCUUGGCCACGGCGCCUUCGGUGAGGUGUAUGAGGGUCAGGUCCUCGGAAUGAAUGCAGAUAAUGGCCCCAUGCAGGUGGCCAUAAAGACUCUUCCAGAAAUCUGCUCAGAACAGGAUGAAAUGGAUUUCCUUAUGGAGGCACUGAUUAUGAGCAAGUUCAACCACAAGAAUAUUGUACACUGCAUCGGUGUCAGUCUCAACAUCUUGCCACGUUUCAUUCUGCUGGAACUCAUGACCGGAGGAGACAUGAAGAGCUUCCUGAGGCAGAACAGGCCUCAACACGGCCAAACUCCUUCUCUCAGCAUGCACGAGCUGCUGCAGAUGGCCAGGGACAUUGCAUGUGGUUGCCGCUACUUGGAAGAGAAUCACUUCAUACACAGAGAUAUUGCAGCUAGAAAUUGCCUUCUUACGUGCCCUGGACCGGAAAGGGUGGCCAAGAUCGGAGACUUUGGCAUGGCCAGGGACAUUUACAGAGCCAGCUACUACAGGAAAGGUGGUCGUGCCAUGCUCCCGGUCAAGUGGAUGCCCCCUGAGGCUUUCAUGGAGGGAAUCUUCACCUGCAAGACUGAUACAUGGUCGUUUGGAGUACUGCUGUGGGAGAUCCUCUCUCUAGGCUACAUGCCAUACCCAUGUAAAACAAACCAGGAGGUGCUGGAAUUUGUCACCAGUGGAGGUCGGAUGGACCCCCCAGAGGGUUGCCCGGGCCCUGUUUAUCGGAUCAUGACCCAGUGCUGGCAGCAUUGUCCUGAACAUCGGCCGAACUUCUCCACGAUACUUGAGAGAAUCAACUACUGCACUCAGGAUCCGGAGGUGAUCAACACACCUCUGCCAGUGGAAUAUCGGCCCACCACCGACGAUGACAGCGCCGCAGUGAUUCGGCCCUCCGACCGCACACCCACCAGCUUCGCUCCUCUCCUCUCCUUGACCUCCUCCUCCUCCUUGAGCCUGGCGCCCUCGCCUCUGUUCCCUCAGCCCGCCAAACCUCGCUUUCUCCAAAACGAGACGAUGCCAUGCCGCGAGGUGCUCCCGGAUCCCUCCUGGGCUGAGGCGGCCCCGGCGGCCAACGCGUGCACGGGUGUCCUUGUGCUGCACCCCGAGCCUCCCUUGCGCCAACCUUGCUCCACAAACAAGUCUCGUUCGGGGAGCCAACGGCUGAAAAACAAAACCAAGAAUUUGUGGAACCCAACGUAUGGCUCUUGGGUCUUGGAAAGCUUCAAGGGCAAGAAGACCUUGGCUCACACUCAGUCUGUGCCCAUCUCAAGUCCUCCUUCCUGCAACGCAGCCGCUCAGUCCUCCUCAGAGUUCAACCGAGCAGGCUACUCCAAUUGCUCCCACAUUAAACCUGCCGCUCUCUGUAUUUCUGCGUCCCCUUCUUGCCAGCCUCAAACCGUGCUUAGCGUGCCCCACAAUAAGAGCCAAAGCAGCAGCACCCCCGCUAAGGGGGGCAUUGACCUAGCCAAGCUGCAGAGUUUCCCCUGCGGAAACGUCAAUUAUGCCUACGACGAGCAAAGCUAUGAAGCAGAGAGCAUGCCCUUGGUGGUCCAGACCAAAGCUCCAGAAUCUCUCAAAAACACCAACUCUGCCCCCAGCAUGUCCUCUGGGCUGGGCCUGGGGCUAACUCUGGGCCUCUACACGUCCUCCUCCUCGUCCACUUCCUCUUUCUUCAUGCCCAAGCUGCUGCUCAAGCGCCACGCCAGCUACGGGCACGAGGACGUGAAGAGACACACCAAAGCUGAGAAGCCCUCACGAGACCGAGACUCCGGCUUCUCUCUGUCUGAGGAUCUGAGCGUCACACCAAUCUGAGAGUCAACA